AUGCGCCUUCACCAGGUAGCACCAGGCGAGACCCUCUUCUCCAUCGCCGCCAGUUACCACCUCCCCCUGGACGCGCUCCUCGCGGUAAACGACAAGCCGUCGCCCGCGGUGCGAGUGGGGGAGGUGAUAUUCCUGCCGACCGUGGCGAAAGUCGACGACGUGACGAGUUUCACGACGCGUCCAAGUGCUACCACGAAAGGCGGUGACUUGGCAGGGUGGAAUGGAGCGGAAGGAGGAGGUGGUAACGCGGCUGGAGCGGCGGUAGAGAGAGGGGAUGUCGAUAACGGGUCGCAGCAGCAGCAGCGUGUAAGUCAAACAAGUCAACCAAGUCAGCUUGGCAGUCAACGUCUGAGUCAACCUAGUCAACCCAGUAAUAAGCAUCUUAGUCAAGAAGACUCGGAAAUCAAGGUAUCGCAGGACUUCGCCCUGAAGUUCAGAGAGAAACCCGGGGGAAAUUACCCUGGAAAGUACGUGGCCGGUCCGAAUGUCGGGCAGCAGAGAAACAAUUCUGGAGCGCGGGAGGGCGGGAAGGCGAGAGGCGGAGGGGGAAGGGAGGGGGGGCUGUUGGGGGGACGGAAGGAAAGCAGGGAGAGUGGUGGCGGAGGCAGCAGAGGAAGCCUGAGAAGUAAUAGCUCUGGGAAGGGAGAGGGGGCGAGAAAAGGGAGGGCGGUUGCUGGUGCGGGCUUGCAGCGAAUAGAGGUGUGCGAAGAGAGGGAGGUGGCUUCCGCUUUUGCUAGCGUGGGUGCUCCCAAGAUCCCGUACCUUGACUGCUCGCCUGUUGCUGCUGCUCCUUCACGCCUCGCUGCAACAGCAUUCAGGCAGCAACCGCAGCAGCUGCAGCUGCGGCGGCUGCAACCGCAACAGCCACUGCAGCAGCCACAGCAGUUGAAGCUGCAACAUCCGGGAAGGACGGACGGGGGGCAGCAGAGGAUAGCAGGUGGGCAAGUGGGAGGGGGAUCAGUGGGUAAGCAACACAGGAGCUCUGCCCAACAGUUUACAGCCACGGUCGGGCAGCAGCAGUUUCUGCUGCCCGAGGGGAAACUUCUCGCUGGGUCGCAGCAUGGUGGGAGGUGGGCGGUGGCUCUUGGCGUGGCUGUUGCCGUUGCUGCUGGAGGGGCGGCAUUGGCCGGCAGGGUUGGAGCAUCAGGGGGGGCAACAGGCGCAACGACCAGUGUACAUGAAGGGAUGAGGGGAUUGUUUGGUGGUGGGGGGCAUGAUGCGAGCAAGGGGAGACAGCAGGAAGUCGCUGUUGCCGCAGCUGCUGCUGAUGCUGCUGAGGGCGUGGGAAUUAAAUUUAUUGAGCUCAAGACAUACGAGAAUCAGGAGAUUAUGGAGAGUCAAGUGAAUAUGGAGAGUCAAGAGGAUAGGUGUGUGUCGGGUCAAGGCAACGGGCAGCUACGGGUGGGAGAGGAAGCAGGGAGCAGUGAGACGACUUGGGGCAGGAAGGAAGCCUGGAGUAGCGAAGAGGGGAGACAUGAAGUGGGGAGCUGGGAGGAAGGGGAAAGUCAAGCAGAGGCGAGCAGGGAGGAGGGGAGCAGAGCGGAGGGGAGUAACAAAGAGGAAAGCAGUGAGGAGGGGAGCAGGGUGGAAGAAAUGAGUAGAGAAGGAGGAGGGGGCAGAGAAGAGGGGAUGAGAGAGGAUGAGGGAAUCAGAGAGGAGGGGCUUAGCGAGGGGGAGGAAAACCUGGAGGAGGGGAAUACGAGAGAAAAGGGGAGCAUAAAGGUGGUGUGUGCGGAGGGAUUGCCUUUGGAGGAGGUGCAGAACUGGAGUGUGGAGGAGGCAAUAGCAGCCAACGCACAGGUUGCACGGAAGAUGGGACUACAGCAGGGCUGA